GCGCACAGGCAGAGGAUGGCAGGCGCGGGGUACAACCCUCCAGGGACCCGGCCCCACGGGGUGUGGCGCGGACUCCGGGCCGCGGAGCAUGCGCAUGCGCGCCGGGCCGGCGUUCACGCCCACAUAACCGCCGUGUUGGCGUCGCGUUCCACAGUUACCCGGGUUUUCCGGCCCUCCUUGCGGCGCUCGAGGGACCAUGGCCGAUACUCGCGUGAGACAGAUCAAGAUCAAGACCGGCGUGGUGAAGCGAUGGGGUUUCUCUAUGAUGGUCAGACUGGUCUUGAACUCCUGACCUCAGAUGAUCCACCUACCUCAGCCUCCCAAAGUGCUAGGAUUACAGGUGUGAGCCACCGUGCCGGUUGGUUAGUGAAAGAAAAAGUGAUGUAUGAAAAAGAAGCAAAACAACAAGAAGAAAAGAUUGAAAAAAUGAGAGCUGAAGAUGGUGAAAACUAUGACAUUAAAAAGCAGGUAGAGAUCCUACAAGAAUCCCGGAUGAUGAUCCCAGAUUGCCAGCGCAGGUUGGAAGCUGCAUAUUUGGAUCUUCAACAGAUAUUAGAAAAUGAAAAAGACCUGGAAGAAGCUGAGGAAUAUAAAGAAGCACGUUUAGUACUGGAUUCAAUGAAGUUAGAAGCCUGAAACUUUUCUUGUAUGGGGUGGUUUUUACAUUAAAUCUGGGGUUCAUUUUACAAUUCAUUGUUUUUAACCACUGCUGUGUGUUAAAGUAGUAUGAGAAUGUGAUUGUUUUUCUCUGGUUACAUACAUAUUUCUUUGUCUAAUUCAAUAUGUCAAAUAAAUGAGUGUGUCUAAUAAAA